UGGAUGCGUUGGUUGCUUUUAGAGUUAGAGUUGAGCAUCCUGAUCAAGGAAAGUUUGAACAACUCUGUAGAGAUAUUGCUAAAUCUGCUUCUGCAUUUUCUGUCACUUCACCAACCUCCAGCAGUACCGAGACUUCCGGUAAGUAGUUCUUCGUUUCUAGCGCUACCCUUAUUAUUGUAUAUUUUAUUUCGCAUCUCAUAACUAGCUCCAAGGACUAGUGACGGAGCUUUGCCGUACAGGCCACAAUCAAGUGAUUGAUUGGUCAAAACGUUUCAGUAUCCGUAAUUGCUAACUGUAUUCUUACAAGAUUUAUUUUCUUGAAGUCAUAGUUACCAACACUCAAAAAAGGGCAGCUUUAUGAGUUCUCAGAAAACAAGAAACAACAAUCUGAGAGGCUAAAAAUAAAGUUAUACUUAUUAUGUUGGGAGAGUGAGAGGGCAUUGUAUAGUCAGUAGUGUAUUACUGUAUAGUCUUAAUUAAUUUGUCAAAUAAUAGGUCAGGGAAAGCACGAAUACUAAUUUUAAUCAAGGGGGUAAACAUCCACAAAAUUCUUCAUUUUCUUUCCAUGAUUGCAUCCAAGCUGCCCUGAGCGUACAACACAAAACUUUUACCCAGUUAUCAGGAUAAGCACACCAAGUCCAAGACAUUAUGAUACUCAAAAGAAAUGGAAGGCCUAUCUAACUCCACGGAGGCAGAGGAUGUGUUCUGGUCCAUGCAGCCAGUGGUUGGGUAUUUGUGUUUUAUUGUCACAGCAACUGGUCCUUAUCAUCCCUGGCCAGCUCGCAUCUAUAUCCGUCGAAAGUAUUGUUCUUUUCCUUCCUAUAAUUAAAGAUAACGUGAUAAAAAUAUGAGUUCUCCAGUGUUAGCAUGCAGCCAAGAAGGACUAGACAUCGGUCAUUGCGUAAUACAGGACUUCAUUAAUUUUUAUUAGAUCGUAUACAUAGCAAGGGGGCACAUGGAAGCGAUUGAAGAAAGUAAUGAAUCAAGUACCCGUGGAAGUAAUUCAGGGGAAGAAUCAAGUACCCGCGGAAGCUAUGCAGGGGAACAUGAUAUGAGCAACAAGGGAAGCUACUUAAAUGAUGAUCUUAAAGAAGAAGAUGAAGAAGAAAACGAAGAGAAACCAUUGAAGAUCAUAAUACCAGCACAUUUGGAGAUCCUCAAUAAUGUUAAGAUCAAUAAAGCAUCCGGAACUCCUCGUUCAACUAUCAAAGGCAUUCUCAAAAAGAAUGGCAAGAAUGGAGAACUGAGUUUCAAUAGAAAGAAUUUAAAGAGAGCUGAAGAACAACUAAAGUCUGCAUUUGUUCAUUUCUAUCACAAACUUCAACUUCUUAAAAGUUUUAGUUAUCUGAAUCUCUUAGCAUUUUCCAAGACCAUGAAGAAAUAUGACAAGAUAACUUCAAGACAUGCAUCAAAGAUAUACUUGCACAUGGUGGAUAACUCUUACAUCGGCAGCUCUGACGAUGUAACUAGGCUCAUGGAUAGAGUGGAGGCCUCAUUCAUCAAACACUUUACCAAGUCCAAUCGUAGUGAAGGCAUGAACAUCCUGAGAUCGAAAAAAAAGAAAGAAAAACAUGUUACAACAUUUUCCUCUGGUUUUUUUUCUGGCUGCGUAAUAUCUCUUAUAGUAUGCCUUAUUUUGGUCAUAAAUAUUAGACAAGUUGUUAAAAAGGACGGCUUCAGUCAGUACAUGGAGACCAUGUUUAUUCUGUAUAGUUUAUUCGGAUUUCUAGUCCUACAUAUGCUCCUGUAUGCAGCGACCAUAUACUUUUGGAAACGUUAUCGAAUCAACUAUCCUUUUAUAUUUGGUUUCAAACAAGGGACGGAGUUAGGAUACAGAGAAGUCUUUUUAUUGAGUACAGUUCUUGCAACAGUUGCACUUGCAUGUGUACUUGCUAAUCUAAACAUGGAAAUGGAUAGAACGACCAAGAAGUACAAAGCGAUAACAGAACUACUUCCUCUUGGUCUAGUUUCUGCUAUAGUUCUCAUAACAGUUUGUCCAUUUAACAUUGUAUACCGAUCAAGUCGAAUUUUCCUACUGCGAACUGCACUUCGCGCUGUCAGCGCUCCACUUUACAAGGUCACUCUAUCGGAUUUUAUGUUGGCGGAUCAGAUGAGUAGUCAGGGCCAAGCUCUUAGAAGUGUUGCAUUCUACAUUUGUUACUACUCUUCCGGAGACUACAGAAUGAGGAAGACCACUUGCAAGUCAGACAUAGUUUACAACUCUUUCUAUAUUGCUUUAGCUGCAUUCCCAUUUUGGUUACGCGCAUUGCAGUGCUUUCGGCGAUACUUUGAAGAAAAAGAUGGAAUGCAAGGGAUUAACGGGUUCAAAUACUUGAGUAUUGUUCUGGCUGUCAGCAUGACAACUGCUUACAGUAAGCACAACACAACAGCACUGUGGGUAAUGGCUUGGAUCAGCGCAAUCAUUUCAGCUGCUGUUGCUAUAUAUUGGGAUCUCGUUUUUGACUGGGGACUCCUGCGAAGGAACUCGAAGAACCCUUGGUUGAGAGACAAGCUUGUUAUAUCACACAAAAGUGUUUACUUUGGAGUAAUGGUAUUGGACGUGUUGCUGAGGUUUGCUUGGCUACAAACCGUAUUGAACAUUCAAGUUUCUUUCUUGCAUAAAGAAGCUAUGGUUGAUGUUAUUGCAUGCUUAGAAAUUUUCCGUCGUGGUGUAUGGAAUUUCUUCAGAAUCGAGAAUGAACACCUCAAUAACGUUGGCAAGUUUCGUGCAUUUACAACCGUACCUCUUCCUUUCAACUAUGACGAAGAUAAAGAUGAGUAAGCCAAUUAUUGUAAGCUUCAUGGAUGCCAAUUCCAAAGAUGAUUCAGGAAGAUCUUAGAGAAGAAGAUCAAGAAUGAUGGUUGGGUGAAAUCCAAGAGCUUUAAAAAGAAGUCGAGAGUUAGAAAAUAAUGAGACCCCUUAGUGAAAAAAUACACAAGUUUCCUCAGAAUGCUAUGCAAACUUUCAAGUGUUAUUGUGGCAAUAAAAUAAAGAGAACAGUGACAGUAAAUAAUCAAACAAGAAGAUAACAAAGUUUGAGUAAAUAUUGGAUCUCCGAGCAGUAAUACAGUUUCACCGGCGCGUGGUUUUGGUAUACUAUUUACUUCCUAGACGUGGUACUUCUCAAUGCCACAGAUUAAAUAUGUAAUAUGUAGCAAUUACUGACGUAUAGUUUUUGCACGCGUGUAUAAUUUCAGAUUUUCAGUGGGAUAAUUAAAUAAGAAAAUAAAAAAUAUUCCCUUCUAUAA